UGUGAGAGGCGGCCCGGCGCGGGGCCGCGCGCGCCAGCCAGCGCCGGCCGCGGAGCCGCCGCCGCCGCCGCUCCAGACCGCGCCGACCUUCCUGGCGGCCCGACUCGCCGCCCCGCCGGAGAAGCCGCGCGGGCUGCCACCCCACAUCAGGCGCCGCGGUCCCACGGCCCGGGCAUGGUCAUUAUGUCAGCGGAGCGGCUGGCGGCCCGGCACAAGGCGGAGCUGAACGGGCCCGGCUCGAGCCCGGCUGUGCAGGCGGCCGGCUCGCCGACCCCCGCCGCGCCCGCCGACUCGCACAUCCUGCACGGCCACGCCGACGAGUCGCCCAAUCACAUCGUCUACAACAAGAUGGAGCGAAUAGUGGAGCGGAUGCAAAAUGAAAAGGCGGGUGUUCCGGUGCGAACGGUGAAGUCGUUCCUGUCCAAGAUUCCGUCGGUCUUCGCUGGGGCAGACCUGAUUGCGUGGAUGCUGAAGAACCUGGACGUCGACGAUCAAGCCGAGGCGCUGCACCUCGCUCACCUCAUGGCUGCGCACGGCUACCUCUUCCCCAUCGACGACCACACGCUGACCGUCCGGAGCGACGGCACAUUCUACCGCUUCCAGACACCAUAUUUCUGGCCGUCCAAGUCCUGGGAGCCAGAAAACACGGAUUACGCCGUGUACCUCUGCAAGCGCACCAUGCAAAACAAGACACGCCUGGAGCUGGCCGACUACGAGGCCGAGAACCUGGCCCGACUGCAGAAGAUAUUCUCCAGGAAGUGGGAGUUCAUCUUCAUGCAGGCGGAGGCGCAGUCCAAGGUCGACAAGAAGAGGGACAAGCUGGAACGCAAGAUCCUGGACAGCCAGGAGCGCGCUUUCUGGGACGUGCACCGGCCGGUGCCCGGCUGCGUCAACACGACCGAGGUGGACAUCAAGAAGGCGUGCCGGAUGAACCGGCCGGUGCCGGGGCGGCCGGUGCCGGCCCAGUGCGGCCAGCUGCCGCCGGCAGCCGCCACAGCCGAGGGCGCCUCCGGCCUGCCCCCGGCCGAGCGGGCGGCGGCCCUGGCCGCCGACGCCGAGCGCAUCCGCGUCAGCAUCGACCGCUGCAGUCUGCGGGUCUCCAAGGUGGCCGAGACGUUCAUCAGCUUUUACGAGCAGUAUCUCGAGUACGAUCCCAUUCUGACGGUGCAGGAGCCGUCCAACCCGUGGCUCAGCGACAGCACGGAGCUCUGGGAUCUGGAGAAGUCCGGCAAGGAGAUCGCGCCCCGCCGGGUCAAACGCUGGGCGUUCAGCCUGCACGAGCUGCUGCGCGACCCGAUUGGACGCGACCAGUUCGUUAGGUUCCUCGACAAGGAGUACAGUGGCGAGAAUCUCAGGUUCUUUCUGGCGCUGCAGGAGCUGAAGACGCUGCCACAGCGUGCCGUGGCGGCGCGCGUGCAGGAGAUCUGGAGCGAGUUCCUCGCGCCGGACGCCAGCGUGCCCGUGAACAUCGACUCCAGGUCGCUGGACGUCACCAAACGCAACAUGGAGCAGCCCGACCGCUGGACAUUUGAUGCGGCUGGGGCCCAUCUCUACCAACUGAUGAAGUCGGACAGUUACUCGCGUUACCUUAGAUCGGAAAUGUACAAAGAGUACAUGGCAGGUACCAAAAAGAAGAUUUCGGUCCGAGGGAUUCGCUCCAUUGUCUCAUUCACAACGAAGAAAGAGUCGUCAUGAUCGCGGCUGCGGCUGGUCUACCACAGUCCGCCGGGCGGCGCGGCCAUCUGCGUCCGCGCCGCCGCCGCCCGCCGCACAGGGGUGCUGCACAUUUGGGACCAGUGGGAGUGGACCGCGGCCUCCGCACCGGGCCGCCGCGUCUGGACGACAGAGGGCCCGCCGUGGCGAGGCCCGCCGCACUUGCGGACAGUGUCGGCACGCCGGCCGAGGGACAGCGCGCCGGCCGAGGGACAGCGCGCGUCCGGGCGGCGGGACGCUCCGGGCUGUGUCGGGACGGCGGCGGCGCGGCCCCGGCCGCCGGAAGAGGGGCGCGCCGCCGACAGUGCGAGUCUUGGGACCACGCCAGCGCUGUGGGCCAGCGAAGCCAGCGGAGCCCGAACCAGUCAGCAGUGCCGGCCGCCAUUUUUAGAGCAUAUUUUUGGAUAGGGUUGACGAAUGUUUGUUUCGGGAGCCCGGAGCUCUCCUCGGCUCCUCUCCCUUGUUCGUUUGCGCCGUGAUUGUAGGCGUUCUGAGGUUAGAUCUGUGAGUCAGUCUUCAGCGGUGUUGUGAGGAGGUUGCCGCAUUCUUGUACUGUCGAGUAGAGCGCAGUGAACCCACGAGCUUCACUGGCCGGCGCCGCUCUGUGCUGUGGUACAUGCGACGGAUCUGAAACCCGACGGCAACGGUGUCUGCGAUCACGGAGGAGAGCCGUGCAUCUUGUGUACUGCCCGCGGCGGCGGCGGCCGCCGCCACCAACCGCCGCGCAUCCUAUCGGGCUCGGCCUGCGCCCGCUUGUGACCUCGAGCCGGCGGCCGGCCGCCCCGCCUCCCGAUCCUGUGUUUGUGCCCGCCGGCCGCACUGCCGGCCCGCACCAGUGGCCGGCGCGGCCAGCGGCCUCUGUCACCAACUAGUAGGUACAAAUGCUGAUCAAUACCCGGCCGCCGCGACAGACCCGCGCCGGGCUACUGUUCCCCGUUAUGCUCCGGGCCUGUUCCCUGGCCAUCUUUGCCCCCCCCCCCCACCCCUCCUCUUUCCCGCCAUCCCCGUGAAGAGUCACAAGGUCACUGACCAAAGUCGAGGUGAGCAAG